CCCCGGCCCCGCCCCCGGCGGGAAUCCCCCCUCCCGCCGUCUCUGGGGCCGUCGGUGGGGGUGGCUGUGCCAGGCGAUGGGGACCGAGCCCCGGCGGGCGCCGUCCGGCCGUGGCGUGAGUUAGUGGAUGGCUGAAAGUUGGCUUGACCAUUGAGUUGCUGAAAUGUUUUGCUGCUUGAGAGCCGUGCGAAGGUUAUGUCUGGAGAAGAUAUUGCUACAGUGCAUUCUUCAGUCAAGAACUUUGUCAGGAGCUGAUGCCAUCAAUGCUCUCAGACCUUUCUAUUUUGCUGUGCAUCCAGAUUUCUUUGGCCAGCAUCCCAAAGAGAGGGAAGUAAAUGAAAACUCUCUGAAGAGGUUAAAUGGCUACUUGGAGAAUCUACAGAAACCAGGAUUUCGUUCCUUUAAGCCAACUCAGCUUACUUUUUAUGUAAGAGAAAGAGAACCAAACUCUUCUAAUGUUCAAGAAUCCUUCAGUGCUUCAGGGUUUCGAGCAGUCAGUUUUACAUUACGUACUAGGGAUCUCCUGAGCACAGUAUUAGAUAUUCUCAACUCCUGCAGUUUGUCUACAGAGCAUAUUCAGAGUUUGAAUGUGAACUCUCAGACCCACAAGGAAGCAAAAAGCGCAGUGAACAGACCUAUCAAAUGGGAUAAGACUUACUAUUCAUUUACUGGAUUCAAGGAUCCUGAGGAGGAACUAGAACAAGCCCAGAGAGUGGAAACAACUUUAAUAUCCUGGCUAGAUGAUAAUGAAGCAAGUGCAGUAAAAAAGCUGAAAAAGAGUUUGCCACUUAGAAAAGAACUAGAACGUUUAAAAUUUGAACUCUCUCAUCAACUCGAGCUCUCAGAUAUCAGGUGGCAGAGAAGCUGGGGUAUUGCUCACCGCUGCAGCCAACUACACAGUCUAGGUCGCUUAGUCCAACAGAGACCUGAAGUAUUAAAGAACGUUAAAGGACGCACGGUGGUAUUUACAGACCGUUCAGGUAUGAGUGCAGCAGGCCACAUAAUGCUGGGGACCAUGGAUGUUCACCAUCACUGGACCAAAAUUUUUGAGAGAUUGCCAAAUUAUUAUAAACUUCAAAAAAGGCUGCUGUUCUUGGAAGAUCGGAUAAGCCAACUUCUGGGAGGCAUACAAGUAAUAUAUAUUGAAGAACUGCAACCCCUGUUGACUCUGGAAGAGUACUACGAGACUCUGGACUCUUUCUAUAAUAAAUUGCGUGACAGUAGACUACCUUUUCAUCCUCGCAGUCUGCGAGGCUUGCAAAUGAUUCUGGAAAGUGACAGAUAUGCACCAAGUUUACAUGAAUUUGGACACUUUACAAUCCCAACGGUCUGUGAUCCAGCAACCCUUCAAUGGUUUAUUUUUGCUAAAGCACAGGAGGCAAGAGAGAAUCUGAAAAGAAAGGAGGAGAUGAUGAUUACAGAAAAAGAGCUAAUCGAUACUUCCACUGAAAAAUUUUCUUUGGAUCGGCUGUAUAAAGAACCCAGUGUUUCCAGUGCACAGAUGAUAGAUUGUUGUAAGCGACUGCUAGAAGAAUCGUUGCCAUACCUACAAGGCAUGCACCUUUGCAUUUCGCAUUUCUACUCUGUGCUGCAGGAUGGAGACCUGUGUAUACCUUGGAACUGGAAAAACUGAGGACAUAUCUGAUAAUCAGAUAAAUUGUUUAUUUUCUGUAAGAGGCUAUAAAUAUGAAUGUUUUUAAGAGUAAAUUAUUUAAAUCUGUAUUUUGAUAUCAGUAUUCAACCCACAAAUUUUCUUUUAACUGCUGCUCAAAAAGGAUCGGAGUCCUAGACAAUUUGCACAAUGCGCAGUGUUGCCAGUUCUGGGAAAGAUAUCUGUACAUUCUCCAUACUACUGUAGGAGUCCCAGUGUAUGGUAGCAGUUGUGAAACCGCAUUUUUGUAGUGAAUUACAAAAAUAUAUUAAAUUGCAAGUCUGCAAAAAUGUGCAUGUGUAUUUUUAAUAUACAUGGAUAUUGCCAGAUAGAUCUUCUUAAAUAGAGUGUACGACUCAAACCAGACAUUACAUGUCAUCUUAAGGGAUUCACUGAAUGCAGAAGUUGAGUACAUGAGUUACCUGGUGGCAAUAUUGGCAUUUCAUAUUGCUACCUCUUACUGAAUUAAAAAAAAAAAAAAAAAAAAAAAAGACAAAGGAAAAAAACAUCAGAGUAUUUCUACUUUGCAGAAGAAAGUGGUUCAUUAACUUGGUCUCUACAGUAGAGUUUCAUAUGCUGGUCCAAUAUUGUUGCCUUAGAAUUUCAAAAUACGCCAGUUGUACUGUCUGCAGUUACUUUAAAGGAGAUGUUCUCUUUUUGUUUUCUGGCAUUUGCUCCAUAAAUACAGACAAUCCUCUUUACCUGCACUAUAACAGGUUGCAAAUUGCAUUCACAACACUUGAAACCUGAGUAGUUUAAUGUGACAUCUGAGGAAAAGGAAGCAUUGAUUUCUGUGGGAUUGUCUACAAGAGUAAGUACUUCUCAGUGAGAGCAAGGAGUUUGCAGUGAGGCAAAUGCAUGGAUCUUUACUGGUACUUUAUUCCUUGAAAAGAAUGAAUUAAAGUGUGAAUGUAUGUCAACACUUUUUCAUUGUAAUACAUGCCAAGAUGCAUUUUGUUUGGUUUACUACUUUGCAAAAUACCCUUGGAGAAGAACCAACUGCUUAACGUUUCUGGACUUGAAUUCACCUAUAACAACUGGCAAAAAAAAAAAAAAAAAAAAAAAAAAGUUGUCAAAUGCUUACUUGCCUUGUAUUUAUAUUUGUAUUAGGCAGGGAAAUUGUUGUGGUUCUCUGUUUUCCCCUGUUAAAAGGCUAGGUGUCAAGUUGUUUAUUAUGUUGCCAAACUUAAAACAAACCCCCCCACUGUGAUCUCAAACGUGUCCAUUUUAAAACAUUGAGACAAAGCUGUGACUUUCUCAGGCCUUUAAUUCAGCCAAAUUCCUGUAUAGGUUCUGAAGAUCAGUUGAUAGUUUCUUCUAAGUAGUUAACUUCCAUUGCACAUUACUUCCCCUCGCUCCAUCUGGCAUUGACGAUACUGUCUGUCCCAGUUGUGCUAAGCAAGUGAUCCAGUCCUGUCAGUUGUAGACCAGCAAUAUUCCCUGUAACAGCUCUUUGGAAGUAGGAUGUCUUCAGGAAUAAAAGCUGAGUGUAGUAAUUUUUUUUUUCCCUGCUUGAAUUGAAUGACUCCUUACAGGUCUUCAGGCAAGAAGCAGCUGUCCAGUUUGACUGUAGAGGAGAUAAAAAAAAAAGUAUGAGGGAAGGUGAGUAGACUCAAAUCAAGAGCCUGAUGCAAUUCUGUAAGGACUGACACUAAUGCCGCAGAAAGCAAUGACUAGACCUAAGGACCUUCUCUUUGCGGUGUAGAGAAGACGACUAGAACUGGCUGGAGGAGGAAGCAUAAGCUGUAAAGAGCCUUUAUGAAAUAGAGCAUGGGAUGUUUCUGCAAGUAAAAUGGGGCAGUGGAGACCCUGACUUGGAAUGUGGAUCACAGUAGGCAAGGACAGGCAGGAGGGAACAGGACUGAGUUUAAAUGUGGAAGCGGUGAAAAUAGUUGCUGUUAAUCGUUUCCAGCCUGGGAUAGAUCUGAAGAUUCUCACCAUUCCUUCUAAGGGGAAGUAGCGAAAAUCAUCUGGCAAAAUGUGUCAGCCCCCAAAAAUGUGGCAUGGCAGCCUGUUUUUCUGACGGUUACCUCCAGGCUGGGGUCUCAGGUCUGUGCAAUAAGACGGAGUUUCAGUCCUGCUGCUGUCCCACCAGAGAAUUGGUCAGCUCGGGUGCUGUGGGGGUGGCUCUUUCCUUUUCUGUUAGGUUUUGGGUUUUGUUUUCCUGAGUUCUGAAGGAGAUGCAUGUCAAAAUCUCUUAAAACUGCUCAAAAGUCAAGCAAUAUAAAAAUUAAGGUUGCAUAUAGGUCUGGGUCUUAGAGUUAUUUUGUAGUGCAUUUUCUGUAAAUUAGUUUUACUGCAGAAUGGUUGAGUUGAUUUUACAAACACAUAUGGGCCUCCCAACGUUUUUUAACAUAUUUAGAAAAGCAGCAAAAAAACCAAAAGGUUAAACUUAAUGUUCGUGUUGUAGGUAUUCAUUUUGACAGGUUUGACUGAAGACUAUCCCAAAAGUAAUGGAGAAUCGUCCAUUUAGGUAGAUGUGUAUGGAUUAAAUCUGUCAGAAUUACAUUUUACUUCCCAACUUUUUAAUGAGAUGGGGGGAAAAAAAAAAAAGGUUUAGAACCCUUGAAGGCCUUUUGUCACAAUGGCAGGGUGGAAAUGGACAAUGAUGGAAACUUUUGUCUGUUUUUAAACUGUGCAGAACACCUCAAAUUCUGUUCAACAGACUGUGCUAUCAACUCAUUGUAGAAAUAGAUUUGAAUGAAUAUUAACAUCUACUGUAGUUUAUUCAGUACGGAAUUCGUGCUUGCUCUGGGGCCAACAACCGAAAACAUGCUUGGUAUGAAGUUUCAAAAAGUGUUCUCUUUAAAAACAAAUCGUAAUAUUAAAUUAGGUGGAGUUGAUGUCUUGCUGUUUUAAUCAUUAUUGUUUGGCUUAGAUUUGAGUUUUUCUUGUCCUGUUUAGAAAUUUGCAAUAAACAUUUGAAAGAUAA